UUCUAUCUUGGUCUUAACGUGACGGUAUGUCCUCUUCUCACAGAAGAAAUAAAGAUGUUGAUAAGUUUUCUCAAGGGAUUAAUUUUUCUUUCUUGUUUUUUUAGUAUUGGGUUCUGUCAUUUUUCAAAACCAAUUGAAGUGGAGAACAUUACCUACCUUAUUAAGCAAAUACUAAUUGGUUACGAUGUUCGGUUACGUCCAAAAUUCGGAGGGCCACCCUUAUACAUUGGGAUGGAUAUACAAAUAGCAAGCUUCGACGCUAUUUCUGAAGUCAAUAUGGACUAUACUCUCACCCUUUAUCUCAAUCAGUAUUGGCAAGAUGAAAGACUGGCAUUCAGCAGUGAAAGAUAUGAACUUACACUUUCUGGAGAUUUUACUGACAAAAUUUGGGUUCCUGAUACAUUUUUUGCUAAUGACAAGAAUUCAUUUUUACAUGAUGUUACUGAGAAAAAUAAGAUGGUUCGAUUGUCAUCUGAUGGGAACAUAAAAUAUGGAAUGAGGUUUACUACUACGCUUGCUUGUAUGAUGGAUUUACACUAUUAUCCAUUAGAUUCUCAAAACUGUACAGUAGAAAUAGAAAGUUAUGGAUAUACAGUAAAGGAUGUUGUAAUGUAUUGGAUGAAAGAACCAAUAUCAGGAAUCGAGAGAGCUGAAUUACCCCAGUUUUCAAUCUUAAGAUUUGAAACAAGUGACAGAGAAGAGAAGCUUGCAUCGGGUACUUAUCAGAGGUUAUCAUUAAGCUUUGAACUGAAGAGGAACAUUGGAUAUUUCAUAUUUCAAACUUACCUUCCUUGCAUUUUGAUAGUUAUGCUUUCUUGGGUUUCUUUUUGGAUUAAUCAUGAAGCUACAUCAGCCAGAGUUGCUCUUGGUAUUACUACUGUUCUGACAAUGACUACCAUAAGCACAGGUGUACGAUCUUCUCUCCCAAGAAUAUCCUAUGUGAAAGCUAUUGAUAUAUAUUUAGUUGUGUGCUUUAUAUUUGUGUUUUCCGCUUUACUUGAGUAUGCUGCUGUAAAUUACACUUAUUGGGGGUCUACUAGAGCAAAGAAAAAAGCAACAAAAAAGUUGAAAGAAUCAGCAAAAUCAACCAGUGCUAGUGCUCUUGCUGAACCAGCUAUGAAUGAAGAAAUAAUUGAAUUGCAAGAUGUCAGAGUUUCUCCUAUACCUUAUCUUCGUAGAAAAAAUAAAACAACAUAUUCUUCAGAAGCUUCUUUUCCACCAUCUUUUAGAAGGACUAGAAGUUAUUAUUCCCAAGGUUUCAAUCGCAAAUCUCUUGAUCGUUCAUCAGACAGACAUCGUAAACCAUAUGUUUUAAGUAGUUUAAAACGAGGUGCUCAGGCUUUGAAAGCACAUAUUCCAAAAAUCAAAGAUAUUAACAAAAUUGACAAGUUUGCCCGAGUGAUGUUCCCACUUUCAUUUUUACUUUUCAAUUCAAUUUAUUGGUGCUUUUAUGUGUUCUAAGAUGCUGUCUUACGUGAAUUUAAUGCUUUCAGUUAUUCCAUAUCAGCUAGCUUAUUUCACUAAAUGUUUCUAUUUUGUAAAUUAUGAUGUAUUUUGUUACUGUUUAUCAUUAAGUUAUUAUGUCAUUAUAAAACUUGUCAUGUUUUAAAAGAUUGUAAACUUUCAUGAAAUCAUAUGUGAAUUUAAUUUUCUUGUGCUGUAUGAUACUGACAUUUUUCUGUAUAUUCUGAUAAUUACAUACUGAUCAUAUUUAUUUAAAUCCUUCUUUUAAUAAUUCUUUUCAAAACAAGUUCUGUGUAGGAUCUGGUUGCUUUUCCACUGUAUGAACCAGUGUUUGUUGUAUUAUUUAGUCAAGAAAAAAAUUAUUCAUGCGGAAAUGUUUGUACAAAUAAUUUAAAUUUAUGUUUUUGUGCAAAUUGCAAGUGAGAACAGUGCUCAAAAAAAAUAUGACCCUGAAAACUUUUGUUUUAACUUCCGGAUUUUCACUAAAUGCCGAUAAAAGUUGUUCAAAGGAGUGACUGCAAAUAUACUAAUAAAUUAGUAUGAACUAUUAAAAAAGUUUACAGAAUUGGACACAAUAAUGUAAAUGCUCUGAAUGAACAUACCUAUUUUUUUUAAAGAUUUAAAUUUUUGACAUCAAAAUAUAAGGGGUAGUCUCCUGGAAAAUAUAGCUCCAUAGUUUUGUCUUGAGAACAAUUGAAAGUUCGGUUUACUUACUGUUAAUUUCACUUUGUUGAAUAUUUUGCCAUUGGGUGGAAAUUUUUUAGCAGAUUAAAAAUUUUUGCACUCAAUUAAUAAAUUCAUUUGUCCUAAGAUCGAAAUAUUAUCAAGGUAAAAAAAUUUAAUAAAUUUUUUUUCAUUGGAGUUGAAAAAUUUAGAUUUGUAAGGUAUACAAAUUUUCACACCAUUUUAAUAUAGUGCAACCUCGAAAAUCCGGACUGCUGGGGGGUUUGAAAGGUCCGGAUUUCUGAAAUUUCCAGAUUUUAGAUAUCUUACUUAAAUUGAUAGAAUUAUUAAAGCUUUGAAUUCGCCAGGCUGAUUUCAUGAUUAAACGUGCGUGUGUAGACCUCCGACGUCAAUUUUAACAACUUAACAUAAAUAUACACUUUAAAUAAUAAAUAAGGGACAUUAAAAAUCAAAUUUUCGUCAUUUUCCUAGGUAAUCGAUUGUUUAGAUAACAAUAUUAGCAAUUAAAACUAAAAAUAUAGGCUUGAAACGAGAGCUGAAUUUCAACUUAUAACUGAAACAGAUGCUUCACGACUACACUGUACCAGCUGAUACUAAUCCUUUUUUUGUUGAGGGAUGAAAGAAUUUGUCCCCGCCUCCUAGGCUUCAAGGUUAAGAAAGAACCAGUUUUCUUUCUUAACAAGGCGAAAAACAAGGUGGUAGAAGAAUUCCCCCUGCAAGCCUUAUCUAUCAAAGAGGGGAGUCCCCUAUAUAUUCUUUGUUAUCUAUACAGAGCUGAUAAGAAUGACUGGAAUUUCCAUAUAAGCUGUAUGCUUUCAUUCAUUCCCCACCCCUACCUCUUCAUCUACUGCUUCAUUGUUGGAGAAAAGUUGUGGUUUCUUACUCUUACAUUUAAAUUUUUAUUUUAAGUGACUUUUUGUUUUUUUUUGGAAAUUUUUUUCUGGCGAAUUAGAUGUAAGAGUCCGAAUUUUCGAGGUCAUACUGCACAUGCAAUUUGUCAAAAAAUCUAUUUUAAGUUGUUUAAAGUGGUGCUCAAGCUUUGAAAUAUUAUGUGACUUCAUUUGAUGCUUUUAAUUACUUUAUAUCAGUUGGCUUAUUUCACAAAAUGUAUUUAUUUUGUAAAUUAUAAGGCAUUUUGUUUGACAUUAUGUUACGAUGCCAUUAUUAUUUGUUGUGUUUUGAAAGUUUUUAAACUUUUAUGAAAUCAUAAGUAAAUUUUAAUUGUUUAUUCAAUACAACACUGAAAGUUUUUUUUAUAUAUUCUGAUAAUUACUAAUCACAUUUAUGAAAAUCCUUCGAAAAUCUCUUCAAAAUAAGUUCUGUUUAUGAUCUGGCUUAUUUUCCAUUGUAUGAACCAGUUUUUGUAGUAUUUAGUCAAAAAAAGAAAGGAUUCCUAAAAAAAUAUUUGUACAAAUGAUUCAAAUUUGUGUUAUUGUGCAAAUUACAAGUAAGAAACGUGCACAAAAUAAAAAAUAAUACCAUCUUAAAUUUUAAUGAAUGGAUUUUCACUAAAAGCCGAACAAAGUAGUUCAAGGGGUUGACCUCAAUUACUAAUAAAUUAGUACUAACUGUUAAUGAAGUUUACAGAAUUAAACUCUUAAUUAAUACCAUCUUAAAUUUUAAUGAAUGGAUUUUCACUAAAAGCCGAUCAAAGUAGUUCAAGGGGUUGACCUCAAUUACUAAUAAAUUAGUACUAACUGUUAAUGAAGUUUACAGAAUCAAACUCAAAAAUGGAAUUUCUCUGAAUAAACAUAUAAUUUUUUUUGACAGAUUUGGAUUUUUGAAUUCAAAAUAUAGAGAUUAAUUGAAUGGAAAAUUUAGUCCCAAUAGUUUAGGCAGUAGAGCAAUCAAAAGUUUGGUUUCUUUACUGCUAAUUUCACUUUUUACAUAUUUUGCCUUAAGUUGGAAAAGUUUUUAGCUAAUCAAGUAGGUUUUGCUUACAAUUAUAAAAUUCAUUUUUCUAAAGAUAGAUACUUAUUGAAUAAAAUAAUAAAAAAACAAUGAAAAAUAGCUAAAAUCUAUUAUUUAAGAUGUAUCUUUUAUUUUGGGUAUGGUCAAUAUUAUAUUACCUUGUUAUCUCUCAUAAUAUUUUACAUUUGUGAAUUGAUGUAUAAAGGAAGUUCAGUAGUAGUACUUAUUUUAGGGACUUUUUUUAUAUUAUCUGUGAAAUUUAAAUUCUUCUAUAGAUUUUUAUUACACAGUAAAAUAAGUUUUCUAAUAUAAUAUAAGUUUUCUCUUUGAAAGUAUGGGUUAAAUUUAGGAAAUAUACGACUUGCAAAACAAACAACAAAUGCCGAUAUUUGUUUUUAAAAUUUUUUAUCGAAAACCAAAACUUAAUUUUGCUAUAGAGGAUUUGUGAGAGGAAAGGAUUAUUUAAAUUUCAUUCAUUUUUAGCAUUAAUGUAAAUUUCUAAACGAAAUGGCGAAAUAAGUAAACUUGUUAUUUUUAUUAUAUACUUAUAUUUUACACAGUGCAGUCUAUUUUUAAAACACUAUUAAAGUUUUAAAAAGAAAUGUAGGUGUACUACCUUCUUUACAUAGAUGCAUUCAACAAUGUGUUCAUCACCUUAUUUUAAAUAUAUUUGUAAAAGAAUCAUAGCAAUUUCUAAAAUUAAUGUAACCUCUGUUAUUUGUAAAAUUUUUUAAUCUCUUAAAAAAUUUCCUCAAUUAAAUUUCUAUUGAUAUUAUUUUGUAUGAUUUGAUUUUGAUUUGUGUUUCUUUGCAUGAUGUUUUUUCUUUAUUUAAUAACUAUUUUUAUAAACUUUUUACUACCCUAAAUAGUUUUACAUACCCUGUUCAAACAUUAAAUGAUAAA